AUGGCAGACAACCAGCCACUGCUGCCUCAUCCGGCUCAUGCCACCAGCCAUUCGCACACUGGACAUACUCAUGCCCGCAUCCAGCAAUGGCGCCGUCGGUCGCAGCAUUACCUCGCCUCCAAACAGAAACACUACCUGAUCUUGACACUCGUCGGCCUCGACGUCGUCGCCAUCCUCACGGAGAUUUUGGUGUCUCUUGUCACCUGCGAGACCGGCACCGAGGACCAGCCAUGGGUUGACCCUGUGCUCGAGGCCACCAAGAUUAUUGGGCUGGUCAUUAGCAGUCUGUUCUUGGCCGAGCUGCUGUCGUCGCUGUGGGCGUUUGGAACCGACUUCUUCUCGUCCUGGUUCCACUGCUUCGACGCUUUUGUCAUCCUCGUGAGCUUCGUGGUGGACGUGCUGGCGCACGGCGUUCUUGAAGAGAUUGCGUCCCUGGUCAUUGUGCUGCGUUUGUGGCGUGUGGUCAAGAUUGUCGAGGAGAUGAGCGUGGGCGCCGAAGAGCAGAUGGAAGAGCUGGAGGCGCAAGUUGAGAAGCUCGAGAAACAGAAUGCCGAUCUGGAGCGGCGACUGCGGGCUCUUGAGGCCGGCAAUGAGUGA